AUGAGUGGUCCUGUGGUCCUGUCCACCCGUUCCAACCCUUCUUGGUCCCCCAGCUCUGCUCUGCCUGUGGUCUGCUGGGAGCGGGGAUCCCCAGACACGGAGCUGGUGCGCCACCUGGAGGCCAUGCGGACUGGUGCAGCCCCCUGCCGUCCGGUGGGCACUAAGGAUGCUGCAGCCAGAGGGCCCCCAGGCCUCGGAGGAGGGGGGCCCCCGCAGGAAGACUGCAUCAUCUGCUGCUCAGCCUAUGACCUCUCCGGGCACCUGCCCCGCCGCCUCUACUGCGGACACACCUUCUGCCAGGCGUGUGUGCGGCGACUGGAUGCCCCAGCACCCAAGCAGCGCUGGAUCCCCUGUCCACAGUGCCGCCAGAGCACGCCCACGCCUCGUGGAGGGGUGCCCAUGCUGGACCUGGAUCUGGCUGCUUUCCUGGCGGUCAAGGCUGAGCGGGAGCCGGCAAGACUGGAACCCCUACCCCUCACCUCCCUCAAAGGCAGCAGCAUCACUCAGCAGCCAGCUGGACUGUGCCCUGCCCUGGGUCCCCAGCCCCACUUCCCUCCACCCAGAUACUGCUGCUGGGGCUGUGGCAGCCUCUGCUGCCCACCCCUAGGCAGCCCUGAGGUCUGA